GGCAGAAUUCAGCACUGAAAAAGUAGACAUUUGGUCUGUAGGAAUGCUCUCCUUGUAUAUCAUGGCAGGAGAAGGGUUAAAAAAUAAGCCAUUGUAUAGAAAAACAAUUAAUAUUGAAUGGAGUAAUUGGGAAAUUGAAGUUGGAAAAACGUUAAAAAUAUUGCUUAAAGAUAAAUGGAAACUGAGAGACCUAAUGAACUCUACUCAUCCAUUAGCUAAACUUACACUCGGUAAUUCUGAUCUCUGUUUGAGUUUCUUGAAUAUGUUUUUGCAAACAUCUCCUAGUAAGAGAAUAAAUAUAGAGAAAGCCAUGAGACAUUACUUUUUUUAUCCUUUUAACAAAACAUCGAUAAUGAACAUUGCUAUAACAGUAUGCAAAGAUCCUAAUAGAAGUGCUUCCACUUCUUGUAUUAAACGAAAAAAAUUAUUUGACACUUUUUUGGAGACUCGACGUUCAAUGAAUGAUAUUACAGGAGAAUCUCUUUCGGACGAUAUUUGGAAUUCUAAAUCCAUUCAGAAGAAAACCUACGGUGAGAUUUUAAUAAAAUACUGUACAGGGCUAAUUUGCAAAUUAUACAUAAUUCAGAAUAAUUGGACACUUUGCCAGUUAAAUCUUCAUUAAU